GAGAUACAAAAACUCCGAGGAUAUACACGCUGGUAUCAAGUUAAUCGAGCUUAUGUUUAAUGAUCUCUUCAAAGUGAAAGAGAGGGCAAAACAAUGGACCAGGUUUUUUCAGACAAUGCAGGCGAUAGUGCACCAGAAAAAUACAACAACCGACGAUAUAUCUGAAAAAUUGAAACCUUUGUUGAAAUUGCCCCCUAGGAAAAUUUUGAAAGACCUUAAAACGAAUUUUAAAUCAGCGGAAAAAUUUGGACAAACUGUUGAACAAUGUUUCGGAAGACUCUCCGAUGAUAUCAAAGCUUAUCAUCAUGGCAAACCUCUUACAGACAAUAACAUUACAGAAAUAAUGGACAAAGCUAUACAAAUUAUUAUUGGUGCAUUUUUCUUUAGUAAUAGUAAAUUGUAGGCAAUUAAUUAAUUUGUAAGGCAAUGUCGAUUUAUUUAUAUAAAAGCAGAGGGUAAAACUUAGUUGGAAUUUGAAUACCUCUACUGCGUGGUUCUAAUGGAUAAAAAUGGCAAGAGGCAUCAGCCCUCUUAGUGAAGACCUGGCACUGAGAUCCGUAAUAAACAACACUUAAAUGUGUGCCAAAAAAUACUGAGACCAGUUCAAA